AAUCAGUCCAAUUAUAGUGUGAAACCUGUCAUACCAUCCUUAGUUACUGCUACUCCGCUCGUCUCGAAACCCAACUUCACUUCUGUUUUUUCCCCGGCCACUAAGGCUGCUUCACCCCAUAAAGAUCCUCCUUCGGCUAAGCAAGAGGAUGAUAUUGAAGAAUUUGUACCAACUGCUCAUUUUGAGCCUGUUGUACCACUUCCUGCUUUAGUGGAAGCAAAAACUGGGGAGGAAGAUGAGGAAGUGCUUUUUAUAGCCCGGACGAAGAUUUUUCGAUAUGUGAAAAAAACUAAUGAAUACAAGGAGCGCGGUAUUGGUGACAUCAAAGUGAGUAAUGAUGGAAAGCGUCGCAUUGUAAUGAGGAGAGACCAAGUGCUUAAAGUUUGUCUUAACGUCCCGCUUCGGAUAGGGAUGAAAGUAGAUAAAAAACCUGGAACGGAAACGGCUUGUAUUUGGGCUUGUAAGGAUUAUUCUGAGAGCUCUGACGGUACCGAUGAGUGCUUUGUGAAACAAAGAGAAGCAUUUUGCGCAGGGUAUUGUUUUACUUACUUCAAGAGAACUAGUAAUAAUUACAGCUCAGCUAAUAGCAGUACUGUAGCUUCUAACAAGUCUAACCAGGCGAGCGGGAAAAAAGCUGAACAGGGAUUUGGAGACGCUUUUAAACCGCUUCCUGGAAGUUGGGAGUGCAAGUCUUGCUACACGCGUAAUGCAGCAGAAGCAAAUGUAUGUCCUUGUUGUGGCACAAAGAAAGAUGGAUCAGUUGCAACGUCAGCAAGUACUAGAGGACGAGAAGGUUUAUUGUUUUGUGCUGCCCCAAAACCCGUCGUGUAUGAGAGUUAUGCCAAAAGCAAUUGGAGAUUGUUUGUUAAUGGUAUGAAAAGUUACAGCAUUCGUGUUUCAGAAUUGUUUUUUAAGGUUCUUUUCAAAGCGAGAGCAAAACUUUAUCGAUAUGUUAAGGAUUCGAAAGAAUACAAAGAGCGCGGCGUUGGGGAUAUAAAGAUUUUGCAAAACAAAGAUGGAAAAUGUCGUGUUGUAAUGAGGCGAGAUCAGGUGCUUAAAGUUUGUGCAAACGCACCUAUAAGACAGGGUAUGAAAAUUUCUAAGAAGCAAAAUACGGAUAAUGCUUGUAUUUUUGUCUGUCAAGUAAGUUCUCUUAGGUGUUAUGCUCGAGUAACUGUAAAUUACAGUUUCAGUUACUUUGUAUGUAACUUCACAGUUUUUUAG